AGAAGCGGGAAGAGUGACGUCACCGAACGCAUGCAAAUGAGCUUGAUUGAAGAGAAUCUGAGCGUGGGAACCGCGCAGGCGCAGUAGGAGCGGGAUCUUUCAAGGUGGCCUGAAGAGUUUGAUUUCUGCAACACUGUGACCUGGACGCUGCAAGAGAAGUUCAACUUGUCUCGUUAAAGGAACAAAAAUGAUUGGAUUUUACAAACCAAAGACGUACAGAAGCUCCAGAGGAUGCUGCAUCUGCAAGGCCAAAUCCUCGAGCAGCAGAUUCACAGACAGCAAGCGCUAUGAGGACGAUUUCCAGAACUGUUUUGGACUUCAUGAAAUGCGUACUGGAGAUAUCUGCAACGCCUGUGUCCUUCUGGUGAAAAGAUGGAAGAAACUUCCCUCUGGCUCCAAGAAAAAUUGGAAUCAUGUUGUAGAUGCCCGCGGUGGGCCCAAUCUGAAAGCUCUGCGGAUCAGGCCUAAAAGGAUCCGGUCUCUGGCAGCGCGGAGGCUGAAAAAUAGACAGGUCCUGAAGAUGAAGAAAAACCUUUAUUCUGGGGCGCACAGCACUGCUUCCAGCGCUUCACCCACACACUCUUCUUCAUGUAGUAACCACUCGGACACAGACACUGACACAGAGCUCCGGACUGCUCCCAGCAGAAACUCCACCUUUUCCUUCCUGGAUCCAACAUACUGGAAAAGGCAGAAGGUUUGCUGUGGCAUUAUCUACAAAGGCCGUUAUGGUGAAAUUCUCAUCGACGCCCAACACUACAAACCAUGCUGCAGUAAUAAGAAAACAGAGGAAACCCUACCUUUCAAUGGGCAGGGUCUUUUGCCAUGAACUGUUAAAGCACCACUUUUUUUUUAUUUUAUUUUUAUUUUUUUAUUUUUUUUGUAGAUAUGAAAUAUAUUUAAGUGUAUGUAUGGGACAUUUGUCCCUCCGGCAUUUUUUUUUUUUUAAUUAUCAUUGCUUGCCAGUUGCUGCAGAGUAAUAUGACAUAACUGAAGGGACUUCACCUUCUAGAUCUGUACAAUCUCCCAAUUCCUGUGUUGAAUUGGAACUGGUGUAUAAAGAGCGGUAGUAUUUUUAUAUGUAUAUUGUUGCUUUUUAUAAUUUUUUAUUAUGCAGGUUGCUAUUCUAAAGGAUUGUUUUCUCAUGGGUUAUUUUUAUUAUAUCCCCUGAUAUUUACCACUGUAUUUUUUAAAUGGACUGUGAUACAAACCUGGAACUGGAUGAGACGUAUAGAAACCAGCAGCGUUUAUGGCCUGGACUGGAUGACUCGCUCAGAGGUUUCUGUAUGCUACCUUGUAACGUUUGGUGAGCGCCCGUUCUUACGUUCUUAUGUACAGGAAUUUCUCAGGAUGACAUUGGACGUGCCUUGCCCACAUUGCCUUAGGCUGGCUAUGCAUUCCUAAUACUUUCAUUACACUCCAUGGAUGGGACGUUGUGCAGCAUUUGCACCAUUUUGAACAACCAAAGUCUGGAUUGUGGAAAUUUGGACUGCUUACCACUAUCUGCCUCCAGAUUUUUAUUUUUUAUUUUUUUUACUAGUACAGAUAUUUUCUUAUAUCCUUGUUUUAUGUAAUCUACUAUUCUAUACACUGAGAUUGUGUAUAUGAGAAUGCUGGGACUGCGAUAUACCUUAUAGCAAUCAUUACUAUUUCAUAUAUGCAAUAACAGGUCUAUAAGAGUACAGUCAAAUAAAUCCAUUGGCAAAAUUUCUGCAGCAAAUUUGCUGCAUUUGAAUGUGCCCUUGUACCAUUAAAAAGGUUGUACCAAGUAUUGGUUAUUCCCUAUGCACAGGCUAAGGGUAACUCCUCAAUUGCUAGGGGUCCCAUGGCCCAGACCCAAGUAUGCGUCCUGCCGUUCCAUUAAUUCUCUAGGGGUACUGCCAGAGGUAGCAGGGUGCAUGCUCAGCCUGCCGCUCCAUGAAGACAAGGACGUGGGACUCCAGUUCUUUGGAUUGGUAUCCUGUGAAUAGGAUAUAACUUUAAUGCUUGGCACAAUCCCUUUAAAUCCUUGUGGCUGGGGACAUAGUGGGAGAUUUAUACCUCUGUUGUGGGGUCAAAAAAGUAGAAAAUGUGGUGCACACCAUAUUUGUGCAAUACUUUUGACUUUUUGAACUUCUUGACCCUUUUCUACAGUGACAAGAAAACGGGGCAGGUUUAGCGGGAGGAGCAGAACCUAUCACAACCCGCCAGAUUUACUAUAAGGGCUCUUUCACAUGAGCAUGUCCCUUGUGGGAAUCGCUCUCUGUGUGAAUGUGAGAUCACAUGCAG